GGAUAUCCAACAAUCACAGAAGCUGUAACCUCCACUCCGCUUUUCGAAGAAAAGCCAGAAAAGAUUGAAUAUGAGGAGAGGAGAUAUGAGGCAGAAUCACCUAUGGUUGCUGAAAGCCCAGUUGUGGAGGUUUCACCAGAACGAUAUCCGAGAUUCACUGAAGCUGUAACGGCUGUACCGCUUUACGAAGAAAAGCCAGAACAUAUGGAAUACGUCGAAAAACCUGAAACAGAAUUGCCUAUGCUGGUGGAGGGUCCUGUUCGCUAUGUUCACUGCGAAAAAUACCCGAGGAGCACUGAAAUCCUCGAAGUGGUCGAGUUUGCUGAGGGUUUUGUGGGAGAUGACAUCAAAACAGGACCGGCAAAAUCGGGCGAAAUGUUCGCUGCCCCUAGAGAGCACUUAGGUUGCACCGAAUUGGGAGCUGAUUUAGACUUGCAGAUCAUACAAUCACAGAGUUAUGAUGUUGAAGUUGAAAAGCAUUCAAUAUCAUCUCCAACGAAAAGUGAGCAACAUAUGCGUGAUGGUUACGGUUUUAUCGACCAUUUUGAUAAAGUUAUACCGACGACAUCGGAUCACGAAAUAGCUGAUUAUGAGGAAUUAUCUGUGUACACCUCCGCAGGAGCAGAAAAAGAUAUGCACUUGAUUGAAUCAAAGGAGUACGGUUUCGAUUCCGAAAGGCAUUCUCUGUCAUCUUCAACGAUCACUGAGGAACGCAUGCGUGAUCGUGAGCAUCCUAUCGAUCAUCAUUUCAAUAUUACGUCGUCGACAUCGGAUCACGAACUAGCUGUUCAUGAGAAGGGCUUGUUCCACGUCGCUGCAGACGAUGAUAUACUCAUUGUAGAAUCGAAAUAUUAUGAUGUCGAAUUUGAAAGACGCGUACUAUCAUCUCCAACGAAGACUGAGCAACAUAUGCGUGACGAUGAGAGUCUUACCGACCAUCAUGUCAGAACUGCACCAACGAUAGAGGAUCGUAAAGUGGCUGCUGAUGAAGAAGACUCGGUCUACACCGUAGUAGAUGAAGUCGUGCACAUAAUAGAAUCAAAGGAUUAUGAUAUCGAAUUCGAUAGACAUUUACUGUCUUUUCCAAUAAAGAAUGAGGAAUAUCCGGGUGAACAGGAGGGUCCUAUCGAAGGUCAUACCGACAUUGCUGCGACGUUGUCGGUUAUUGAAGAUGUUCAAGGAAAGCACUCGUCUUACACUGCGUUGGAAAAGUAUGGAGGAAUUCUUCUUAAGGAAUCGAAUGACUAUAUUGUAGAUCACGGAAGAAAACAGCUGUCACUAUCCCCUGAACAAAAAGUUUUUGAAUUCGAAAAGGAUGAUUGUUCGCAAGAUCUCCAUAUUUCGAAACAGACGACAUCUGUUCAUUUGCUAGAAGGAGCUCUCGAAAAUGUUGUCAAAUUGAGGUUUAGAGGUGUGGACGAGUUGGAGUCGCCUGAAAAGCAAUCAGCACAAGCGCCAUCAUCGUUUCCCGAUGAGCAACAGUCGAUUGCUGGCGAUGAUUGGAAAGUUUAUGACAACAAAGGUGAAGUUCUUGAAGAGUUCUCCCGCCAACUCACACAAGAGCUUAUUUUCGGAGCUGAAAGUAACGCGAGUCGUCAAUGCUCAAAUUCUGUAAGCGAAAGUAUGAAACAGGAUUCAUUUAACGAUGUGGUUAUGGAACAUGAAGUUGACUACCAGUCUGAUUUACAAGAAAAACUGGAUAUUCUUGCUAAAGAAAGUCGUGGAGAACUAUACUCAGUUAGUGAGGGGGGCCAGCUGGAUGUUAUUCACGAAGGACAGUACAAAGAAAAACGUAGUGAUGACGAUCAUGAGAUUGAAAAAGCGGCCUUUCACCUUGCAGAUGAUGCGUUAAAAGCUGCCCUUGAACCACACGAAGACGCUAAAACUCUCACGUCAACUUCUGAAUCCAACGUUUACCACACUGCUACAGAACAAUCAAAAGAUGACCAAUACGAAAGUUGUGUGACAUCACAAGGUACAUAUGAUUCGGCACAGGAAUGGACUUCGCAGGAGUCCGACUAUACAACAGCUAACAGUGGUGCAACCAGCCGACUAAGCGGUGUGGAGGAAAGACAAGGAAGUGUCACACCACUGGCUAUAUUAUCACCCGUUGAUUCGGACCGGCAGUUUACGGCUAAUCAGGAUUUUGAUGACGUCGUGCCUGUUAUCCGGCAUUUUGGAAUCGAUGACACCCCUAGAUCGACUCCUGAUGUGGCUUUGCAAGUGACGAUUGAGGAAGAAGAGGAAGAAAUUGAAAAUGUAUUGCCUACAAGCCCAAGUGGUGUUCUUCUCCUUCCUCAUGCAGAUCCGGGACGUCCUUCUUCACCCAUACCACCAAGUCAAGAAGCAGACGAAGACAAUUUUUUUGUAUUUUUGGACAGGCCUCAAGAGAAGGACAUUUCAACAAAACUGGAUGAGGUGAAAACAAAGGAAAGGAGAUCUGUGGAAUGGGAAUCAACGAGCAGUAGUCGUGGCGAGAGAUCAUAUUCUCGUCAGUAUUCCGAUCUGUCAUCAGAAAGUCAUGCUGACACAGUGAUACAUCAUGAAAAAGAAGAUCCAGAAACGGUUGUGGAUGUUGAAGAGUUUGUACCAGCUCGUGAUCCAAAUUCGGAAUCUUCGGAAUCGUUGGAUAAAAUUUCAAUCAGGAGCGGUGGUAUAAGAGAAGUUUCGUCACAACGAUCUAGCGAGUUAGCGGCAAAGAGUGGAGAAGGGCAAGAAGAGCCACCAGAAACACAGUCAACAGAAAACUCACCAUCUUCGGAAGGCUCGAGCAAAGGCAGAGUUAGUGAUAGUGAGGAAGGAUUCGUGAUUUGUCCUGCUAUGGAUGAAAGUCCAAUAGAAGGGGAGUUAGAAACUGUUGAAGAAGAGCCUGAAGACGUUGAAUCCAUCAAUGGUAGUGGAAACUCUUCCGUUGGUGUUCCAUCAGAUACGUUGGCAUUGAUAGGAAAAUAUAAGCACGUGUCAAGUGAUAGUGUAUCAUUGACAAGUCUUCAAGAAUUCGAACGUUUGGAACAGGUAGUGGCUAAUCGAGGAGAAGGCAGCCUUAGUGCAAGUGAAAUUGAACUGUACGUGGCUGGAAAACUGAGAUCAACUGAAGGAUCAGUGAGCUCAUUAACAGAAUUUGAAAAACUUGAACAAGAAAUAGCUGCAAAUAUUUCUCCUCAAGAAGAUGUUACAAUGUUACCAGAUAUUCGAGAAGAAUCUGAAGUUGAAGAUAUGAGCACACGUGAUGAUGACGAAGAUGAACACUCGGAAACUGAAGUUAAAACAAGACCAAUUGAUGAAGAAGAUCUCCAAACGGUAACACCGUUAGCGUCGCCAAUAGAUUCACUUGAACGUGAACCGAUCAGAGCGACAUUACCUCUUCUCGAAACCAGCACGGAUUCUCUUGAACCAUCUUAUCAAGCAAUCGAAUCACACGUUGUUCAAAGAGACAGCGACGUAUCUUCGUUGGCAGAGUAUGAAGUCAUUACUCCUCUAGAAGACAGUGUGAAAGAUUCAUUGGAAAAUAUACCUCAUGAGCGAGACUCGUUACUUGAAGGUGCAAGUCAAGAAAUGACGAGUCAAGAUACUCAUGCCUUGUUAAGCGGAGAAACAGUUGGUACAUUCCAAGAACAUGACGAUGACGAUAAAGACUCGCUUGAAUGCGAUAUGGAUACUAUGCUACGUGAUUACCCGACUACACUGACCACAUUUGAAACGACGGCCAUCGGACCCGACGGAACUGUGCAAACCAUCUCACGCAGAGUAGAAACACGGGUGCGUGACCCAGUUAUGAGCCACGUUACGUUUACCGGUACGGAGAGCGAGGAACGGGUGCGUAAUCUGCCUGUAGAGGAACAAUUCGAGACGGUUGACGCUGAAGGCAAUAUUACGCGAACCGUGUGCCGACGACAAUCACCACCACAGCCGUAG